AUGAUCGGCUUAACUCCUGGCCCAGCCUCAUACUCAUCACUUUCGCUCCCUCUCGUCACCAAAUGUCAUUUCAAUGUUUUCGAGCUCGCUCGGAGCGGUGUUACCCAUGUCCAAACAAUGCUACCCUCCUGGAGGCGGUUUCUAGCCGAUGAAGAGCUUGGGAAGAAAGACGGCGACCAUCGGCUGCGACCAAAACAAGGCCCGCUAUGGCCCUUGAAGAAGCAAUGGAAGCCCCCUCGACCGCGACGCUUCUUACUCGGAAUCGCUACCUUGUGCCUUCUGUGCUUUUUAUUUAAGGCCAUAUUUACCGGUCUUGUUACUGCCACCGAACGAUUCAGCCCCAGCCUCUCACAAGCACGACAGAAAACUGGAGUGCCAUGGCCCCAUUUAAUGUCCCUCUCCUCCGCGGUUUAA